AUGACGGAGCUCCAAACCCAAGCAACCCAGACAAAUAAACAGUCUGUUGCGAGAUUGGACGACCUAGGACGUGUUGACCGCGACCACCAAACAAAGCAACAAACAAUCACGCGUUUGAGCUAUAUCGCAGCUAUUAUCACGCAACUCCUUACCAGACAGAAGCUUCAUUCUCGCAUCAGCUUCGCAUCAGCGGUCGAAUUACAGCAACACCCAUCACCAACAUCACCAACCUCACCUUCAGUCACGAUGCCCGACCUCAACUCUGUUCCGGCCUCGCCACAUCCUCAUAGCACCUCGCGGCGCUCUUCUUCUCAUCAGAUGCCGCCUCCUCCACUUCCAGCGCAAUCUUCCGACUCCUCGGCCCUCAACAUCCUUCCGUCAAACCAGAACACAGUCAACCAUCCGCCCUCCAACCCUCCCGUAGGAUCUCCACCGAUGGCUCCAGCAGUAGCAGCAUCGCCGCCAGCCUUCCCUGAGCCCUCUGUCUCCGGCCCAGGCCCCAUCCGUCACCCGCGACCCAUCACCGCGUCCGAUCUUCACAUGCAGUUGGAAAAAGAGCAAGAGGCAGUGGUGAACCGCCUCACACGAGAGCUCCAACUUCUUCGAACAGCGCAGAACGCCUCCGUGGCAUCCAACGCCUCUUCGACAUCAGCCUCGAACACGACCGAAGCACCCGACACCCAUCUCCUCUCCGGCGCCGCUUUCUCCACCCCCGCCGUCCCGUCCAACAGCUCCCGCCGACACCACCGCACCGCGUCCAACGCCAGCACCCGAAGCCAAACCGCCGUAGCGGGCUCAGCCGCCGCAUCCACCAUGUCCAUCCCCAUCGCCCGGCCCCCACAACCGGGUCGCCAAGACAGCGUGGCCUCCCGUCACAGCUUAUCGUCCUCGCCGGCACCGUCGCAACACUAUCUGGACCCGACCAGCACCAGUGGCCUGACAUACUUCCAGCAGCAGCGUCUGCCGCAGCAGCAUACCGGUAACACCUCGGUCGCCGCCACGCCCGGCGGCAGCGAGGCGCAGCUUUCGCCCGGCCUAAUGACCACGACGUCGCGGUACGAGGAGACAGCAUUGCACCGACAGGAACUAGAGAAGGCCAAGCAGGAGAACGAGGUGCUGAAGCAGAGGAUUCGAGAUCUGGAGAAGAUGGUCAGGGAGAAGACCGCCGCCGCUGGAAGGGAGCGGAGCGAGAGUACGAGCAGCGCAAAUGCUUCAGCUGCGGCUGCGGCGGAUGCCACCAGCGUUGGCGUCACUACUGGAGGUGCUGGUAUAGCCGGCUCCAGCAGACGUCCUGGAGGUGAGAGGGAGCGGUCUUUGACGGCUAUGAGCGUCGCGAGCAGUGUUGCUGUUGGUGUGCCUGAUGAGGAGGUGCAGGUUGGUGAGAGUGCGGCGAGCUCUGGCGUGAAGCCCUGA